ACACAGACAGCUGAAAGUUCAAAGAUCUGAGCAGUAUAAAGAUCACGUUGAAAUUCCGUUGACAUCUGAUGUAACGGUAAAGGUGAAGGCAGACAAUGUACAUAGCAUCUGGAUGUGCCCGAAAGAAGACGCCAUUACCACAAAGAAGCGCCUACCUGUCUGCUCUACAAUGACUGGAGUUAAGAAGAUAAACAAGCAGACAUGGUUUGACUGCCCCCUAUGCCCAGUGAAGUGUUCUAGAGAAGAUUUCCUACUGGACCAUUUCUGUCGCCGCCAUGUAUCUGGAGGGACCAAAUACAAGAAGAACACUGACAAUUCUUUCUGUCAUCGGAAAUCAACGAAGAGCAGCAGAAGUCAGCCAAACCCGAAGAGCACCAUUUCAACAUCCAGCCUGAACCCUGUAGAAAAAACUUCACCUCCCAAUCAAGAUGAAUUGGAUAUCGCAGAUCACGCCGAUUUCUCCAAAUUAAAAUUACUUUUAUCAAAUGAUGUUGAGCAAAAUCCUGGACCUACCUAUCACUGUGAAUGGAAUAAUUGUGGAUUCAUCGGGCUAACAACAACUAGAAUGGGACAACACCUGCGACAACAUGGACGAGAAGAGGAAUGCAAAUGGGCGCAAUGCAAUGGAUUUCAGCGAACGAGCUACGAAGACCUGGAGUUACACAUUAUACACGACCACUUCUUUGAUGACAGAAUCACCUUUCCUUCCCUAGAUGAUUGGCUGGAAUAUCUCCCAGAAAAAAGAAUCGACCCAGAAACCACUGAUUUACGCUUCUGUCCAAAACACCUGAGAAGCAAGCUGAAGUUGUUACUGUUUGAUGAGGACUACCUGGACAUGCCGACAAACAAAUCAUACACAAUGAGCGACCACCUGUAUGUGGAGCCAUUGAAUAUGCCAGACAAUACAUGCUGCUGUGGAUCUGGAUGGUUGAAGCGAGAUGAUGAUCCAGAUUACUCUGAAAACGGGAAAUUGAUUCCUUUAGGUCGAGUUCUUACAGUUUACACACAGUUUGCGCCUGUGCAGUGUGAUGUUUACAAAAGAGUCUGUUACAACCCGAUAGACGACAGUCGCUGUGAACUUGCAUGGAAUGAAGGCCAGAGUGAAUCAAUUCAUGUUUUUAGUAGUAAAACAGCUGCAGGUGACGAAAUAGGAUGGGAGUUUACAUCAUCAGUAAUGAAAACUGGUUGCACUUUUUCAGCAUACUGUCAGAUGAAGGAUGAACUUUACAGAACUCGUGACCCAAAGGCCAAGUUUAUGGAUGCAACAGUUUUUUUAAAAUGGUGGUUUAGUUGGGCAGCUAAUAUGAACAUUGAUUUCAGACAACCAUGUGACAUUUGUAGGUAUGAGCCUAAUAGACUGUGCUGUGAUGGAACCAGAGUAGGCGUAGGUUUCCGUCAUUCAAAUUUCACAGAAAUAAGUACACCUGAUAGUUCUUUACAGACACAGCAAACAUUGCAUCGACGGAUGGACAGAUGUUACCUGAAGAAUAAGCCUGGAGUUGAAAAGAGACAGAUGAUUGCUUAUCGUGAAGCAUUGGAUAAUAUAGCCCGAACUACAGUUGCAGAAUUUGAACCGUUAGAUAUUCCAGAAAAUAAUGAUAGAAUUAAUUUACUUAUGGCUCUACCUGAGGAGGCUCAUCAAUCAUUCCAGCGAUUUACUCGAGGGAUGUCAGAAUUUGAAAGAGUAGCUUAUGCAUCUGUCCUUAAGAUGUUGGCUACAACAGCAUCUGUGACAAGCAUUUUGUCACCAGAAUAUGCACUUUUCUUGCAGGAAUUUCUAACUAAUGAAAAUCUUUCAGAUUUUGAGUUUAACAGACAGAUGUAUGAGAUGAGAUCAUUUGCUCCAGAAAUACGGGACUUGAUUGCAGAAUCGAUGUUGAACAAUAACAACAUUCUACCUGAUGACAUUAAACUUUUUCUAGUUCAUCUUACUAAUGAGUCUCUAAACUUACCAGUUUAUGCCCCAGAGGAUGCUACUUUUCAAUUCGGAACAUACAACCCUGAGAAGCUGGGCCGGGCUUAUAACUUCAAUGAACAUGGUGUUAAACUGAGAAAUGUACGCAAAUUUCAGAUAGAUGAGGACCGAGCAGGCAGAAACAAUGACCAUGAUGAUGAAGCUAUGGACUUUGAGCGAUGCAGAAAGAUUUACUCAAAAAUACAACAAUCAGCACCCGGCACAUCUAACUUGUUUCUUUGGUUUUGUCCAGAUCACGGUCAUUGUUAUGGAUUCCACAUGACAGUGGCUGAAGGCAGAAAAGAUCCAUCAGCUUCAUUAUACUCUCAUCUAGCCAAACCUCCACAAGCAGUGUUUUAUGACUUUGCCUGUAACUUACAGGAAUAUUGCCUCAACAGAGAGAGUGGGUACUACAAGAAUGUUAGAUUUUUUCACGAUAUUUUUCAUGGUUAUUCACACAAAUGCUCUACUUCUUUUAGAAGCUCUCGACUUCAAGGAUUUGAAAGUGUGAACUCAGAAAUCUGCGAACAGUUCAACAGCUUCAUCCAGAUUCUGAAGAAAUCAGCAAGACAAAUGACACAAUCUCAUUUCUGUUUCUAUCUUCAGUUCUUUAUUCAUGAGUGGAACAGGAGAAAAAGAGUUGCUUACAAGAGGAAAAUCAGCACUGCACUAGCUGGGCUUUUAUGAAAUGUAUAACAACUUUGAUUUUCAGAGAGCUGUGCAUCAUAAAAUGAUCAAAUGAACUAUGUUUAAUUUAUAUUUCAUUCACCUCUUAUAUAUAUUUGUUUGACUUUCUCAUUUGCGUAUACUUUUG